CAAGUGUUUACCUUACCUAGGUACUUUAUUAAUAUUUUCUUCGAUAUUUUAACUUUUUGUAUAAUAUAUACAGUGUGGUCGCUGAUUAUUUACUAUGUUUUGUAUAUAUUUUGUGUAAUAGUCAAGUGCUGUGUGUGGUGCGGUCAAAUAAUAACUAAGAAUCACAUAGUUACUCUACUAACAAUUGCGGCAUAGGUAUUUGUAAUCGAUGGAGGAUUUGCAAACCUCUCAUUUAGCCGCUGCAUUAAUGUCUGGUAGUGGACAAUAUGCAAAUAGUACACCGUCAGAAUUACCAGCAUCCGUUGGCGCCAAUACAGAUAAAGAAGAACAGAAAGAUAAAACAAAUGAAGUCCGAAAAGAACCUCAUGAAGAAGAAAAAGAAGAGAAGGAUGAUAUUGCUAGUGGAGAAGAGUUUACUGAUGAGGAGUCUGAAGCACAAACGGGCAGUAAGUCCAUGCCUGGAAGAGGUGUCACCCUGCAGAUGCUUUUGGAAGAUAAAAUGCUAGAGCCAGGAAUUGCAGCUAUGACAAUUGAGUAUUUGGGCCAAAAAUUUGUUGGUGAUUUGCAAGCUGAUGGUAAAAUAAAGUCACAUGAAACAGAAACAAUAUUUUGUUCCCCAUCAGCAUGGGCCAUACACUGUAAGAGAAUAAUAAAUCCCGAUAAAAGAUCUGGAUGUGGAUGGGCCUCGGUUAAGUAUAAAGGAAAGAAAUUAGAUACAAUCAAAGCAACAUAUCUUCGCAAGAAACAAUUGCAAAGAGAAAAUAUGCAUAGUGAUGAGGAGACAGAAAUGGAAGUUGAAAGCCCACCUGAACCCCCUCCACAAAGAGUUGUUAUGAAGCACAAUACAGUUCCAAAUAGAAUGAUGCAACAUGAUGCAAAUAUGCUGAUUGAAGCUGUUUCAUUUUCAACUGCUGGAAAAGUGCAACCGUUUUUAGUAUCUGUAAGCUCCAAUGCAAGCCUUGUUCUUGAUACACAUUGCCAUUUGAAAAAAGAAGAAGUAUAUGGGUAUCUUGCUGGCACAUGGGAUAUGAACACACAUAAUAUAGUUAUUACACACACAUUUCCAUGUUUGAUUAGUAAAAGUGAUAGCAAGCCACGAGUGCUGGUUGAAUUUGAAAUACAAAUGGAAAUAGAGAAACUUGGUCUUACACUGCUUGGAUGGUACCAUUCACACCCCACUAACCCAGCUAUGCCAAGUCUAAGAGAUUGUGAUAAUCAACUUGAGUACCAAAUCAAGAUGCGUGGACCUUCUGAAAUAUCUUAUACACCAUGCCUUGGUGUUAUUUGUUCGCCAUAUAAUCCAGAGAGCCCAGUUUUGGAGUCAUCUUUGACGUUUUUCUGGGUAAUGCCACCAUCAGAACAGAGGCCGACUGAAUAUCCGCGACCAUUAUUAUUGCAAUACAAUAUGAUUCACGAUAGUCAUCUCUCAACACAUGCAAUGGAGCAAAUAAAAAGGAGCAUUAAAUAUUAUUUCACUCACGCUGAUGAAACUUUCGUCAAUUUCAAAGACAAUUUCAAACCGGAUAUAACUUUUCUAGAUAAGUUAAAAUGCACGUUAACACCAAAAUUUCCGCGGGAACAAAGUGACGGUUUGCUUUGGCAUUUUAUUAAAGGUGAAUUGGGUUGCGCAUCUGAAAAUGACGACAAAAUGGAUUUAGAUGCUUUAUUGGCAGUGCCGCAACCAAUCCCUGCAUCUAAACCUAGCCAGACAUCAUCCAUUCCUAAUUUUCCUUCUGUCAGUACUUUGCAGCAAAUGGUUAGUAGGCCAGCAGGUGUGCCGCCGAUAAACGUAUCUUCUGCGAUAGGUUCUCUAUCUCCGCAUAAAUUUGAAUCGCCUUUAAAUAUUCCAGUCUUGCCAACAUCGUCUAAGUCGUCAAAGUCUUCUACACCUUUGCCACCGUCAUAUCAUACUGGCUUGGAUAUGUUAACAAACAUGGCAUUAGGUUUAGGCCCAUCUAACCUACCGUUAUCUUUAGGUGCCACCGGCCUCGAUAGUUUAGCGGCAGCUAACAGUAUGUUAACAGGUUUGGGUACGAAUUUAGCGACAGGAUUAUCUGGUUCUAAGUUGCCUGAACUGCCUUCAUACGCUGCCUCGUUACAAAGUCUCACAAGUGGCAUUGGUAACUAUGAAAAAACAUCGACAAGUACUUCGACAAGUUGUACUACUUCUGCAGCACCCAUUCCUGCUAGUGUUGCGUCGAAUUUAAUGAUGAGUUCCGCCGAUAUUGCUAACGCACUAUUUUCAGCGAGUAAAUACUCUAGUGCAGGAAUAUUAGGUAUACCGGAUCCUAUGUCGAAGUCUACCCUAGCCGCUAAUAACAUGUUCUUAUCUCCAUCAUUAUUGAAAAUGCAGGAAUCUCUUUUGAAGCCUCUUUCUACCAGUAGUCCAAUAUCCACAAAGGUUGGUUUAGAUCAAAGUCCGCUUAUGAAAUCUCCGCACGAUUUAUUAAAAGGAAAUAAGGAUGCAUAUCUUCCUCCUGAUUUUGGAUCUUCUGGAAAAGUAAAAGAUAAUAUUUUAUUGGAUCCAAUGAAACAACCUGAAGCUAGUUCAUCCUCAAAAGACACAACGAAAUCAAUGGCUUUAGAGACAUCUGCUACAGAUUUCAGUAUGUCUUCACGGCUUGGCAGUGAUUCGUAUCUCAAUCAAAUGUUGGAACUAACGAAGAAAACUACUAUACCAGACUAUGCAGCCGAUUACAGUCAAGUUAGAAAACAUACAGAAGAAGAUGUGCAGCCCAUACCUUUAUCGUCACACUCUUAUCCAGCAACCACUAGUAUUGCGGAUUCAAUGACUCACGUAGGUUUAAGUAAUUACAGUAAGAUGGAUGAUCCUAUGGAUUUCUGUAAAACGCAAGAUUAUAGUAUGAAUCGAAAUUCCAAUGAAUCUCAAAAUUAAGUUUGUAAUGUAAAACAUUGAAAUUGAAUUGUAUUUCUUGAAUCUUGAUUGAUACAACUUUUUGUUGUCUAUUAUUUAGAAAAAGCAUGACAAAAAAGAAGUAUUCUUAGCGAAGUAUUAAGACUGAUGAAUGAAAAUAUGUGUGAGUGUACUAGUGUACACACGUAAGAAGUGGAACUUCUUUAUGACCUUAUUUUUUUUUUAAAUAAUUUACUAUAUGCAACUUUACAGAAAUACGUCGAAUCACGCGUGGUAGGGUUAAGUAAAAGAUGGCUCGUAACGGAAAAAUGUUACACUAAAUUUUUUUCCAACCUCGAUAAAGAAGUUUCACUUCAAAAUGAAAUUAGAUAAAUUCAUUCCUAAUAGUCUUUUAAUAAAUAACGCAUUAAAAGUAUUAAAUCUCUUCAAGGUGUUGAACUUAUAAUUGGUAGGAAUAUUUAUUUGUGUACCGUGAUUCUGCAUUUAAAAAGUGUGUAAUAAAGUAAGUGUCAAUUUAAA